GAUGGUCCGUAUCUUGCAGAAGAUGCAAAUUAACGACUACUCACCUCAGCGGAUGUAAGUGAUGACCGCUCCCUCAGUAUGCCUGCUAACCGAGAACAAGAUUGAAUGGCGGUCACCAUCCCCCAAAGUGCCUUCCCAGCCUGCACGAAAAGAAACGCCUUUUCUCGAACUGACGCUCAAGGGUCACGAAGAACCUGUGUACGACGUAGCUUUCAUCGUCGGUACCCGUCUCCUCGUCACUGGCUCGGCCGACAAGAGUCUUCGGGUGUGGGAUCUGGAUACGGGAAAACAAGAGGGAGAGCCCUUGUUGGGACACGAUGCCGAAGUUUGGAGCGUUGCAGCGUCCCCUGAUGGACGUUGGAUUGUGAGUGGAGGAUGGAAUGGAAGCAUCCUGGUCUGGGAAGUUGCGACAAACAAGAAAGAGCUGAAAAGAGUGCCUCUGUUUCCUUUAAGAGGCCAUGGGGGUACUGUUUCGAGCAUCGUAUUUGCAACGGACAGCCAGACAUUUGCAAGUGCAUCAUGGGAUGACACGGUAUGCGUGUGGAAGAGGGAGACGGGCAAAAUAGUGAUCGCAACUGGAAAAGAGUUGCUGAAAAUAGAACAGCGGGCAUUCAAUAUCGCAUUCACUCCAGAUGGUCUCCGUCUCGUUAGUGGAAACUCCAAUGACAUCCGAAUAUCAGAUGCUACCACCGGAGACAUCAUCAAACAGUUCGACGCACACACCGAAAACUUUUUCUCGCUAGCCAUUGCUCCCAAUGGCACCAAAUUUGCCACCACGUCAUUUGACAACACGACGCGGUUUUUUGACCUGACCACAUUCGAACCCAUCGGCGAGCUACUCGAACACCCUGACGCAGUCCGGGGUGUGGCUUUUUCCGAGGACAGCCAACUCAUCGCAACUGGCUGUGCCGACAAACUCGUUCGCACAUGG